ACAGCACACCUCAUCAGUGGCUCCCUCGCCUUACAGAAAUCCAAAGUUAUAAAUACAGAGCAUAUUUGAAGAAGCCACCUCGCUCUUUUGACACUUCAUUUUCCUUCUCGACCUCAAGAGAGUGCUCAAUUUUCCCUCCAAUCAAAUAGCAGCCUGACGCGCACCUCUCAUCCGCUGUUUCCAGGCAACUCUUCCUCUUUUUCUUUCACAUUAUAGCCCGUAUAAUCUGGCGUAUGAGAUACACUGGAAGAUCUUAUGUUUUUGCCUUCACCAGUUGAUUCUUCUGGAAUCGAUCUUCAACUACCUGUUUGAUCUAUUUGAAAUGAAGUCUUUGUUCUUAGAUUGUAAUUUUAUCUCUCAUUUAUGAAUUUGUUCUUUAUCGAAUUAGGUUAUGCGAUUGGUUACUGCUGGUUCAACGUGAAAACUGUUCGAAAUUGAGCUCUCCUCUUCUCAGUUUCCUUUUUUUUUUUCGGUUGAUUUCACUGGUCUUUGACCAUAAUCACUCUGUCCUCGCUUCUCAGUUUUAGGUUAAAUUUGACGUUUAACCAGUGUCAUUGAAAAUGGGAUAGUUAUACAUUAUACCAUAUGCUCAGGUUGAUUCUCUAGGGUCAUGUUUCUGUUAAAUGAUCUAUGACUAUUUGUUUUGCAAAGUUACUGGUAUGUUCGGAGCAGUUUUUCCCAAAUGAUUUUUUUUUUAAAUCUGAUUUGUGGAUUUUUCUUUUCCCUUGCAUUUUAAUGCUGGACUUUAUUCUUUGACCUUCUAACAAGUUCGCUUUAUUGCUUUAUAGAAUUCUCUUUAAUUUAAUCUAUCUUUGGCUUUGUGCUCUUUUGUGUUUAAUAUAUGAGAAGUUAGUGUGGGCUUACUUGAUUGUUUUAGAGUGAGAUUUUCUGUUCCUCUCUACUAGUUGCGAAGGUGUGCUCUGAAUAGCUGAUUUGUCAUUAACUAGAAAAUGAAUAUUCAUUUAGCCAAGGUUUCAGAAAAAAAAACAAGAAGAAAAAUAAUUUAGGCAAAAAAGAAAAAAAAAGCUCUGAGAGGUUCAUUUGUCUGUAUCCUGUGAGACAUGACAUCAUCUCUAGAUGGCUAGCUAGUUGUCUACGGGAUGACAAUUGUAGGUCCAAGUGAGAUCUUUAUGAGGCAAUAAUUACAAGAGAUAAAUUUGUGUGAAAACUGAAAACUUGCUUCUCUUUGAUCAGUGGUUUUAACUUUUAUACAAGGCAGUAAACUGACUAACUAUAACGAACUAGCAAGAACGUACACAUGCUACAGCUACUGAAUCUUCCCAAGAUUUCUAGAAUAAAUAGUUCAGCUCAGCUUUCUCUGCAUCGAUCCUAAAGUCUGUGAUAAUAAUGAUCUAACUAAGGCACCUACAUCACAGAUGGCAGAAUCACAGAAGGGAAAUUCCUCAUCUGUUGAUCCCAAAGAGAAAAAAUCAUCUUUAGAUGAUGAUGUUGGAAAAGAAUUUCUUAGCUCUUGGAAAUCACUUUCAGUUACAGGAGAUGACACAAUGGAUUUUAGUUUUGAUACAGUUCCAAGUGGCAAGAGAAAGACGUUCAACUUUGAUAAACUGGAUAUGGAUUUUAAUCUAGAUGGUGAUUUUGACAAGUUAACAUCCUUCAAAAUAGACAUGCCUGACCUUGAUUUCUCAUCCCCAUCGAAGAAGACUGCAAAACCCAAAGAAAGUUCUAAAGGAGAAUCUUCUAGAGUAAACCAUCAAGGGAAGCAAGAUUGCUUUACCUUUUCUUUUGAUUUCAAUGACAGGUUGGAUAACUUCAAUUUUGAUUCAACCUUGAUUCAAGGAGAGAAAAAAACUUCCAUGAAGAACCUAGACUGCAAAGAAGCCGGUUCAGCUAGGAGUGAACAUCUGGGCUCAAAAGUUAAUUUGGCUGGUAAUGAUGAUGCCUUUGAUGAUAGCCAAACUAAUGAACUUCAUGCGUCAGAGAAAGCAACUUCUUCAAUUUCUGAGACCAGUUUGAGUGGUGUAGAAAAAGGCAAUUCUUCAAAUGAAAGUUUCCCUUCAAAAUAUGGAAAUAUUGGAGAUCUGGUUGUGCCACAGAGCACAAGAACUUCACAACAGAAAAUAAUUUCUGCUAGUGUGGAACGAGCAGAUCAACAGAGUUGCUUGCUGCAGAAGGCAAUGCCCACAGAGGCAUGUGCUCAACGGACAACAAAGACUUUGCCUGUCCAAUCUGUUCAUAUCAAUUACAAAGAAAAACAAGAAUGUGCAACCUUAUAUGUGGAUUUUAAUGAGUCGGAUCAUUUCAAUUUUGAUUUAACAAAAACUUCCAUGAAGAACCCAGAAAGUGAAAGGGUUGGUUUAGAGAGGAGUGAAAGUCAGAGCGCAAAAGUUAACCUGGCUGGUGGUGAUGAUGCCUUUGUUGAUAAUCAAACUAACAAACUUCCUGCAUCAGACAAUGCAAUUUCUUCAAUUAUUGAUAGUACUUUUAAUGUUGUGGGGGCUGGAAAUUCUUCAAAUGGCAAUUUCCCCUCACAACAUGGAACUAUAGGAAAUGUGGUAGUGCAACACAGCACAAGAACUUCACCGGAAAAAAUAAUUUGUGCUAGUAUAAAAGAAGCAGAUCAACAGGGUUGCUUCCUGGAGAAGGCAAUGCCCACAGAGGCAUAUGCUCAACUGACAACACAAGUUUUACCUGUCCAAUCUGCUGAUGGAAAUGAUUCAACUCGAGAUACUGAAUCAGAUAUUCAAACCAGGCCCCUGGAUAAAAAAGUAAACAUAGAAUCUGUUGCAGGGGAUAAUGUUAGUGACAGAAUGAUAACUGUUGUUGGCAUUAAUCAUGGGAAAUCACAAUUGAAUUUAGCUCCACCAUACUUUAAUGGAGUAGAGAGCACCCAAAGUAAAAGUGAAAAGACAGAUGGUGAAACGCAAACUAGAAAUUUGAUAGGGACUGAGCCAAUACCAGAUGAUCGAGAUCUUGAAGCUACAUCCACUUCAAGUAUUUUACAGACUAGACCACAUGGUUUCAAGGCCAGUGAGGAUAUCCAGAAGUCAGCUUCAAAACUUUUGGCCCCAACAAGGAGCGAUCAUGUAAUAAAUAUUGUGACACCAGCAAAGGAGAAAGAAUUAGGAGUUGUCUGUUCAAAGUUUUUUAAGAGAUCCAAGGAAGGGGAAACUCAACUUGGUCAGCCACCAUCAACUACUGUGGAGGGUUGCUUGUUGGGGAGCAAAGGAAUUGCUGCCAAUCAUCCUGCUAAUGGGAAAAGGGAGGGCUUUAAUGCUAUCACUGCAAUAAACCAGAGAAAAUUGAUUAGUGAUUCAAAGUCAUUUUCCAUGGAAAUGACGAAAGAACCUACUUUGCAGGGAAGUGAAAAGAACGUUAAAACCCCAUGUAAUAUCAGGGAGGGCGUAUAUGGUGGUAGCAAACAGAAUGUCUGCAAGUUGAAUAGUAGUCCAAGACUGCCUGAUAAAGGAGUAACAAAGGACGCUAUUGUGCCAGGAACUGGAAAUAACAUUAAAGAUCUUAAUAAUUUUGGGGCGACCAAGUCUACUACCCAGACAAGUAUAAAGUCUACAGCUGUGUUUUCAAGCAUGGGAUCAACUUGGAACUCGAAGAUGAUUUCUGUUGAAGGGCUUAAAGCUGAGAAGAGAACACCUGAUCUUUCUGGCUUGAAGAUUUCAAGGACUCUUGGAGUGAGCAAAGAUCAGUCAAAUAGUGUACUUAAAAGGGAAAUAAGUUCCUUCAGAAAUUCAGAGAAAAACAUGGAAGUACAAGGACUUACUGCAUCAAAGAUUGUCCAUCCCAUUGUAAAUGUUGAGAGAAAAACUCUGCUGAAUGCAUCUUUGAAACGAAAAACAUUUGAGGCAUCAAAUGCUGAUCUAUUGCCCUCGAAUCCACAGAAACGUCUUUCUCAGUCACCAAGUGAAAGCAGAAAUUUGAAGGAAGCUUUGGAAAUAACUGUUGAGGAACAGGGUUGCAAUCAUGAUAAUUUUGCAGAGAGAAAGAUAAGGAGCAUUCUGUACAACAGCCCAACUUCCAAAUCUGAAAUUUCUCAACAGGAAAAUACAAAAGAACAAGACAUUCCUUUGGGUAUGGAAAAUGACAGAAAUGUUCGAAAGGCUGAAGCAUAUGCAAAAGAACUUGAGGAUAUUGGCAACAUGCUGAAGAAGAAAUAUGAGGAAGCCAAAGAAUUACUGGUUCGAGCUAUUGUGAACAAUAACAGUUUACUCAUGCUUAACCAUCCCAUGUUUGAUGAGAAGAUCCGAAUGGUUCAGAAACUUGCUGCGGAGUUGAUGUCUAAUUAGCUUCAGAUUCAAACAGUAGGAGCCAAAAAAAGGUACUCCCAUCUUUCCUCCUCCCUUCUACAUGCAUUUAUAAUUUUAGGCUCUGUUUAUUAUGGAAAAUAACUUACAUAUGGAAAAUAUUUUCCACGGUAAAUGUUUUCAUAGAAAAUAUUUUCAAGAAAAUAAUUUAUUUUUCAUUAUUCGAUUAUAAUUCAAAAAGAAAAAGAUACUAAUAAAUUUAUAUAUAAUAGUAUUAAUAAUAUUGUCAAAAUUCAUAAAUGACUUCCUCUUUUAUUUUUAUGAAAAAAGAAAGUCAUUUUCUAUUAAUUUUUUCUUUUUUGAUUGUCUAAAUGUCAAAAAGUGAGGAAAAUCUUUUCUGUAAAAGGCUUAAUUUGAUAAUUUAAUAUGAUUGCAAAUGUCAGGGACAAACGUUAUGUUCCCUUUCAAUAAGUUUUUCUGCGCAGUUGAGCUAUUCAACAAAACUUCCAAAUAUGAUGUUUUGCUGGUUAAACUGGCUAGCUGCAGGUUUACUCGUAAUAUGCCUCGUGCAUGUUUACUCUAUGCCAAAAAUAGCAUGCUAAUACCUUUACUCCGAUGAGAUGUCUUUGGGGAUUUGCAUAUUAAUCACUGGACCAGUUUAAACCAUGUAAGCUACCCUGGAUGGAUGAAUAUGACCAUUAUACCUCUCAUUGAUUAGAAUAGCCAUGAGGCAGAAAAUCUAAACCUAGGUUUGAUUGCUUAUGAUAAAAAAGAAAAGUCUUGAUUACUAAAAUAGUAUCUACUUGCAUAUGCGGGUCUGUAAAGACUGAGGCCUGGCCAAGAAUUUUCCUUUUGGAUGUAAGACAGGUUUGGUUUUCACUGUCAAGUAUUGCGCAAUUCUGCUUUA